AUGUCUCAUUUUCUGCCGGACUCAGAUCCCUCACUCCCCCUCUCUCUCUCCUCCCUCAGGCCGGGUCACGACGGCGCCAACCUCCACUUCGCCCCGGGGUACCACAAGAAGUACCCGAAACCUGUACCCGCUUCUUCCUACCCAGGAUACCCCGCACACUACCCGAACUGGGGGUCGCAGUAUCCGCAGCAACACGUCGGGUAUUUGGGGCGCGAGGAGGACCGAGCAAGGAGCGAGGAGGCACACGACCCUUCGCGAAAUACCCGAUACCCGCUUGACACGGACGGGUACCCGGGCAGCGACAACGAGCACCCCUCGCUCACCAACCGCUACCCGGGGGGCACCCGAAGCGGAUACAUCGGAAACGACCUCAACGGCGUCCCUCUGCCCGACCACGACGCCAGAUACCCACCGACCCGCGUGGAAAACGCCGGCUACCCGCACCACGGCGUCGGAUACCCAAACUACGGGUACCCGAUGAUAAAGACCUCUCCCAAUGACGUCAUCAACGGGACCCUAGUGAACCCCUGGGACGCCGCCGUCUGGGACCACGUCCUCGACCCCGACGUCUGCAGGACCAUGUCGGGCCUCACGCGCUCGCAGCUGCACGUCUGCACGCGAAACAUCGAACUAGCCGGGGCAGCUGCUAUUGGCCUCCAACUGGCGGUGAGAGAGUGCGGGAGGCAGUUCGCUAACCAUCGCUGGAACUGCACGGCGCUAACCACCCCCACUAACAACCCACACACGGCCGCGAUCAUGGCAAGAGGCUACAGCGAGAGCGCCUUCGGCCACGCCAUCACGGCAGCUGGCGUCACCCACAGCGUCGCCCGCGCAUGCGCAGCUGGGCGCCUCCAUAACUGCUCCUGCGGCAUGGUACGAGGCAAGAGAGCGUGGAAGUGGUCCGGGUGCCACGACAACACCCGGUUCGGUGCCAGGUACUCGAGGCACUUCCUGGACGUGCGGGAGAGAGCCAAGGACAUGAUCUCAUUCACGCACCUCUAUAAUAACGAGGUCGGCAGGAAGCUGGUCCGCCGCAACAGAGAAGUCCGAUGUAAGUGCCACGGGAUGUCCGGCUCCUGCGAAGUCCGGACUUGCUGGAAGGCCGCCCCUGACUUCCGCAGAGUGGGCGACAUGCUGAAGGAGAAGUACUGGAAGGCCAAGUCGGCAGCGAGUGAAGUCUUCGGAAAUUCGGCCAACACGGCGAGCAUGUACCGGCCCGUCAGGAGGGAGAUCAGCCCGGACUCCCCUCUGCUGUACGUCGAGCGGUCCCCUACGUUCUGCGAGGUGGACGGUCGCCUCGACGUGGCCGGGACGGAGGGUCGACACUGCAACCGCAACUCGACGGGUCCGGACUCGUGCGAUUCCCUGUGUUGCGGCCGCGGCUACGACCAACAGCGGCAGAAGGUCAGCCGGAAGUGCCACUGCCGUUUUAAGUGGUGCUGUCAUGUCACUUGUCAAGACUGCUCCGAGGAGAAGUGGAUUUCCGUGUGCAAGUGA